AUGUCCACUACAAAAGCUCAAGCAGAGAAAGACAAGGGCAACGCCGCGUUCAAAGCGGGCGACUUCACCACAGCCGUAGGACACUACUCCGCCGCGAUCGUCGCGGACUCGUCCGAUCCCACCUUCCCGCUCAACCGCGCCGCGGCGUAUCUGAAACUAGGCAAGAACCAAGACGCGGAGAGAGACUGCUCCACCGUGCUGAGACUCGAUGCGCGCAAUGUCAAGGCGUUGUUCCGCCGUGGACAGGCGAAAGUUGCGCUGCAGAAGCUGCGGGAGGCGCAGGAUGCCGAAUCGAACGGCAUUGUGACACCAAUCAAGCCUCCGAUGACACUGUUGAAUCUGACGAAGCAAUGGGAUCGCUGGAAAUCAUCGAGCGAGCGAUGGGCGUUGAUCAAUGAAAUCCCGCCGUCCGCUCUUCCAUCAUUAUUCCAAUCGUCGCUCGAACCAUCGCUCCUAGCUGAGCUUCUUCACGUGUUCCGCGACGCCCUCUCGUCCGGUGUGGAUCCCAGCACAGCGGUGCGCGUGCAGGAAUACAUGCUAGGGCUUGCGCGCGUCCCGCGGUUCAGCACGGUCGUGCUGUUCAUGAACAAGGAAGAGCGCGCCCUCGCCAGGGAAGUCUGGAGUCUGGCUGGCGGCGCGGAGGGCGCGGAAGGCGUGCGAGCGUGGAAAAUGAGCUGA